CCAUCAUCCAUCUCGAUAUUGACUGCUGAGCUCAGCGAACGGACCUAGUUCCGGACUUUGUGCGAGAAGGUAUCUGCAGCAGCUAGUUGCUUCGUAUUUCACUCACAUCUCUGCAAUCUACUGAUGAACACUCCUCCACUCAUUCUCAACGUGCAUACUCCAGUGUCAUCGUUUUCCAUAGUACACUCGAAUGAUGAUACGCUGGAGGAACUAUUCCAUAAGCUGAGCAACAAGGCCUUUGCUGACAUCAACCACCAACGCAUCAGACCUGGCUGGGUGAAGUAUUCAUGGAACGGCAGUAUAUGGAAUCUGGACGAUGACUCAGACUACAUCAUCUUCACAUGGCGCAUGAAGUCGGCUGAGCCGGAAAGCGACCACUGGCCUGUCCUGUACGUUCGCAAUCCCGACGAGCCGUUACCCGAUCCAUCGGCGUACAGGAAUCCAUCAUUCUAUAUGUUCCGCCCGCGUUCCCCUCCUCCUUCACUUCGAGCUCGGUCCAUCAACGGCUCGAUCCAUAGUGGGAAGAAAGGGCGGAAGACUCCGGAGGAAGUCAAGCCCCAGGAGGUCACACCCAAGUACAAGCAGGAGUUUGAGAAGUUCCAUAGCGAGAAUGGUGUGAGAACCGUCCUAGGGUCAAUUGGCCCUGUUGAGAACGUGCGGAUGCUCCUGAAGAGCGGCUAUCGGCAUGUGUAUAUUUCGCGCAAGUUCGCGAUAAAGCAUGGAUUCAUACCAGCUGAUGCUGCCCCUGGACACUAUGGCUAUGGCGGUCUUGUCAACAUUGGUAAAUGGCCCGUCGUAGUUGGCCACACCAAGACGAUGCACACUGUCUAUCUAUCUGAAGAGUCUCACUUCGACGUCGUUCUCGGCCGAUCAUUCAUGGAAGCUCGCCAGGUCAAGUUAGACCCGGUGGAUCCAACCGACGUUGUCUGCAUGGACACUGGCGAGAAAAUUGACUGCGAACUGGUCAUUCUCAAAGACGGCAAAGGACAGAUUGUUACUGUAACCUAGCCGUCCUCGUUUUGCGAUGUCGACCUCAGAGCACCCUCAGAGCGCAUGCUAGGACCUUGGCUUUUUCUCGGACAUUACCUCUAUUGUACUCAUACGGACUUGAAUGCCUUGCUGACCGAUGUAUUUUACGUCUCGAUUAACGUUAUUGAUUGUCUGC